AUGGCAUGGAUUUCGUUUCCAAAUUUAUUGCCAAAUUAUUUCGUCAAGGAAUGUCUUUUUUCGUUGGCUUCAGCUGUGGGAAAGCCACUCCAUCUUGAUUUGGCUACAAUUAAUAAGACGAGGCCGAGCUGUGCGCGAGUGAAAGUUCUUGUUGAUCUCCUAACUGACUUACCUAAGAAAGUGCGUAUGGACAUCGAAAAUGAGACAACUAGAGGUGUGAGGACUGAAUGGGUGACCAUCAACUAUGAUUAUUUGCCCAAAUAUUGUAAAGAGUGCAAAUUGCAGGGGCACGACAUGAUUGACUGUUGGAGGAUUCAUCCAGAUCUAAUGGGGAAUAAAAAUGCUGAGCAACAGACCGAACAUGUGAUUGCGAAAAAUAUUGACAAGGCAAUUGUACCAUCAAGCUCAACUCGGCAAGGACCUUUAAUGAUUUUAUCAAGCAGGAAGGUGGUAGGCAAUGUGAGUGGUAAGGGUAAUGAGCAGUGGAAAGAGGUUAGGGAUAAUCGUACAAGGCACGCAGUUAAUCAAAAGGAAGUCCAAAAUACAACAGGGAAAGAAAUAGUACCAAUCAACCAAUGUGCAAGGGAGCAGACUCAUAUAGGGAAUAAAUUUGCGGUGUUGUAA